AUGGAGAUGUCCCACCAGGGAGGGGCGGAGGCCGAGAGUCUCCUGCGCCCUGACCAGAGGAGUGCCGUCGUCAUGUCGCAGGGGACGCGUUUUGCACGUUGGGAUGCGUCGGAGGGCGAGAAACUACCGUUCCUACGAAACGAGCCGGUGAAGUUGACGCCCGCUUGGGAGGGCUCCAACCUGCCAAAUGACACGCUCAAUUUGAAAGGCAUCGCUAUGGAUCUGGCGCCGCCGAAGGACAAGUGGAACCUGAUCUACCUGACGCUGGUGCUCCACGGGCUGGGCACCCUGACCGCGUGGAACAUGUUCAUCACCGCUAAGGACUACUUCGUGGUUUACAAACUGGCGAGCGCGCCGCACCUAGCCAAGCGCUUCCUGCCCUACGUCGGCUGGGCCUGCCAGAUACCCAAUCUUCUGUUCAGCUGGUUCAACGUCUUCGUGAAGAUCGGCGGCAACCUCACCACUCGCAUCGUGUGGUCGCUGAUAAUGGAGGUGAUGGUGUUCGUGGUGACCGUCAUCCUGGCGAUGGUGGACAGCAGCGAAUGGGCGGUGACUUUCUUCUGGAUCACACUAGUCAGCGUUUUCGUGCUCAACGCGUUCAACGCGGUGUUCCAGAACUCGGUGUACGGCGUCGCGGCCCGCCUUCCCGCCCGCUACACCGGCGCCGUGGUGCUCGGCUCCAACGUGUGCGGCACGCUCGUCGCGCUGCUCAACUGGCUCUCGGACACCUUCACAUCGAGCUACCGCACAUCGGCGAUAUACUACUUCAUAGCGGGCAUGUUCGUGCUGCUCAUAUGCUUCGACACGUACUUCGCGCUGCCGCUGAACCGUUUCUACCGCUACCACGAGACGCUGCAGGAGAGGACGAUGCGCGUUAACCCAGCGCUGGCUGCGACCAAUCAGAACGCGAGCCCGGCGAAGCAGCGGACGCCGUACGGCCUCAUCUUCAGGCAGUCCUGGGUUCAACUCUACAACAUAUUCAUCGUUUUCUUCGUGACCCUCGCCAUUUUCCCCGAGGUCCAUUCCAACAUUGAACCGACGACAAAAAAUUUCCUUGGUAAUAAUUUCACAAGGCUGACCUGUUUUCUCACUUUCAAUCUGACUGCAAUGCUUGGAAAUCUCACCGCCAGCUUUUGGCAAUUUCCCAGUCCCAGGUGGCUCGCAAUCUUCACAUCAAUUCGGCUCGCAUUUAUCCCGCUGUUCCUGUUGUGCAACUAUAUACCUAAGGAGAGGACCCUCCCUGUUUUGGUGGGGAACGACUGGCUCUACUGGCUGCUGGCAGUCAUUCUUGGCUGGAGUUCAGGCCACGGCAGCUCCCUUGGUAUGAUGUAUGUUAGCGGUACUGUUGCUCCGGAGAAUGCAUCCGUUGCCGGAAUGAUUGGUGGGGCGAUGCUCGUCACGGGAAUAGUGGCGGGCAUUACGUUCUCCAGCAUCUGCAGAGACCUCGUGUCUCUAGACAUUUGGCGGUCUCUC